UUGAUACUGUAAUUUUCUUUUUCUAGGAUUUAGAUACAAUGCUCGUAUUUUUUGUUUGUCUGUUUUAAUGUGGUUUACAUACAUGCAUAAAAAGUUCAAAUUGUGUUGAUUCUUUAAAUUUCGAUUGGAUGGCAGGAAAGAGAGUUGUAAAGCCCUCGAAGGUCACGCAAGAUAUCAUUACUGAUCGGAACUGACCAAGUUUAUAAAUUACUGCAAGGAGGUGAAAGCAGCAACUUGUGCAAGGAACGUGCCCAACUAAGUUUCGUUAAAUCUCCACCAGAGUCAUCCAAAGGAGAAGUUGUAAAUAUGUCUAGCAGGGACGAGUUUCACGAUGAAAUGGAGGAUUCUGAAGUUGAAGUCAGUGAAUCUGAGUUAGAGUCGGAAGAAGAUGAAGAUGUGAAGUUGGCAGAACCUUCAAAAACUGCUGUAUAUAAUAGGGAAGGGUUGCUGGUCAAGCUUGAAGAUUUCAGAUGGCCAGAGUCUGUGGAGUGGAUACAUAAGCUUUCUGUGGAUAUUGAUAGGGAGCAAGAGGUUGAUGUGAAUGAUGACUUGACGCGGGAGCUUGCUUUUUAUACUCAGGCAUUAGAGGGUACAAGGCAAGCCAUCCCAAAGUUGCAGUCUAUGGGAGUUCCCUGUUUGAGGCCAUCUGAUUACUAUGCUGAAAUGGUGAAAUCUGAUACUCACAUGGAAAAAGUCAAGAGCCGGCUUUUAGCUGAGAAAAGAAAGAUUGAGGAAAGUGAAGAGAGGCGUAAGGCUAGGGAGAAUAAGAAAAUAGCCAAAGAGGUGCAAGCUCAAACGUUGAAGGAGAGGGUUAAGCAGAAAAAACAAGAGAUUGAAUCUGUCAAGAAGUGGAGGAAACAACGGCAACGCGGUGGGUUUGCUGACAAUGGUAAAGAUGGCGAGUUAGAUUUUGCCUUUGAAGAUGGAAAGUCUUUCGAGAGAUCAAAGAAGAAACAACCUGGGGUAUCCCCCGGUGAUCGUUCUGGAGGGAAGGCUGGGAAAAGUUUUGGAAAGGGGAAUAAAGGAUCAGAUAAAAACAAGAAAGGUCGGGACUUGAGAAACUCCAAAUUUGGUUUUGGAGGAAAGAAAGGUUUAAAGAAGCAGAACACCUCUGAGACAACAAGCGAUCUGAGAGGUUUCAACAAUUUUUCUGGUCAGAAAAGGAAGAGGUGAGUUCCCCCCAAAUCAUGUCUACGCAUUGCCUCCAGCAGGCUGGAUCGAACAGUGAACCGAACCACCUGCACAUCGACAAGAAACCCUCUUGGAGUGGUCUCAGAAACCUUUUUGGAGUGCUCUCUCCUUUUCAGAAUCUUUUGUUUAAAUUUGGUGGUAUGUUUAUGUAUGCUUAUGAAUGUUUGUUUUGAUGAAGUAAUUUACUUGAAAUUGAUAUUUUAUCUAGUCAGCCUCAUAGUCAAAGUUGAUGUUAUUUGGGUGUGCAAAUGUUUUACAGCUAAACCAAGAAGUCUCUUUAUCAAAAGAGUGGCUAUUAUGAGCUAUCCAAUUAAUUCUCUGUAUGCUUAGUUUUGAUUGAGACGAACCAUUCAAAGGGGAGAGGUUUUGUUAUCUGUGCAUAUAAUCCACUGCCGAGGUAGUGUUGUCUGCACUUUAUGUAAUCUUGAUAGUCUCCAGGUUAUGUUAUUCUAAUAGGAUGUGCUAAUAUGCUAAGUUCAAGUCUUGUGGAACUCCCAUGAUCUGGCAUCCAAUUGGGAGCAGCUUCCUAUGCCUGAAGUGCCAUUUCAGUGAAGAGGUGAUUACCUUAAGGUAUGUGGCUGCUGUUUGAGAGAUUCUUUAAAUUAACUUUUUGCAAGAGUUGCUUUCUCAUAGCAAUUAGUGCAGUUAAUAUUUGCAGUGUGUUCGUGCAUACUGAGGUUGCCACCUUUUAAUUGUAGCCUGCAGUAUACAUUGUGAGGUUUUUAUUAGGGUAGACAAAAACGAAAUCCAACACAUAUCUGGGCAUUACACAGGAAAGAAGAAUCAGUGCACUUAAUAAGUUGCAAUUGUUGGGUCUUCUGGUUUAGUUUGACAGCAUGAGUUUGUGGUUUUUGAUGUGUUGAAUUGUCAUAAGUAAUAUAAAAUGAAAUUGUAAACAUUUAAUACCGUCCAAAGUAUGGAACUAGCCGAAGAUAUUGACAGUAAUUUACCUGAGGAUCGUCCAGUUGUCCUGCUGCUGCCAAGUUUUUGUUCCAGUUCCGCUAACCUCAUGGGAAAGGACACCAGUUCUGCUUCAGACUUCAGAGUACAUGAUGGAGUUGGGAGAAACAACAGCCAAUUUAGGUUUAGAUUGAACCAAAGACGAGUACGCAUAUGUUAUGAUUAAUCGUGUGAAUAUUAGAUUUGUUCAAUGGUACAGAUUUUUUCAGUCUGUCUAAUUCCAUAAACGAUAUUACAAA